AUGUGCUGCAUCACUCGGACUGCUGAGCGCGACGGCAGCCUUUCAGGUGAGCAUGGGCGAGUCAUACGUUGGCUCGGGACCUGUCAAGUCUUCUUCUUCCUCUUCGGCGGCAUUCUAGCCGGGCCUCUCACAGAUCGCUUCGGACCGCAGCUGUUGCUAGUGACAGGAGCCUUCCUCUCUUCACUGGGAUGCGCGGCCAGCUCUUUUGCAGGGCAAUUCUGGUUCUUUCUGGGGACCCAAGGCGUCUUGCUCGGUAUGGGGGCGUCUUUGGGCUUUACACCAGCCAUUGCUUGCAUCAUGCAGUGCAUCGGUAGCAGGCGAGCCACUUGUGUGGGUGUGGCUCUCAGUGGUGCAUCUGCUGGGGCUAUACUCUGGCCCGUGGUGGUGAGGAUCAUAGCUGAAACGAAGGCCUGGAAGAUAGUAUGGCUUGCGCUGGCUGUUUCUCAGCUGCUGCUACUGAGCGUGGCCGCUCUGCUCGUUCGACAACCUUCGAUACUGCUUUCUUCAGCAUCUCAAGCUCGUCAAGAUUACUCACCUCUCGUGCGAAGCUCGUCAGAGCGUAGUCGCCCUUUUCUCAAUCUUGCAGUCUUCAGCCUUCCCUCUUACGCGCUCAGUAUCGCAGGUCAUUUCUUCAUCUGGGUCGGCUUCCUCUACCUCUUCUUCUACUUGCCUGAAUGGACAAAUCUCUCUGGGAUCUCUGUGGCGGUACAAAUUCACAUGCCUAGCAUCAUCAGCGGCAGUGCUUUCGUCGGCAAUCUCUUACUUCCCUUUCUAGCUGAUGUCACUGGGAGAUACGAGAUAAUGGUGCUGUGCGCCUUCAGCGGGAGCGUUUCUCUGCUCGGGUCAAUCCUCGUGCGCAAUCCCACAGCUCUCCUUCUCGUCGCCGGUAUCUAUGGCUUUACCACGGGAGGUGCGAUUGCUCUGCAAGCACCUGUACUGGUAGAGGCGAUCGACGAGCCCGAGGCGUUCGGUACUGUCCUGGGACAGGGCUUGGCAGCGAUCGCUCCUGCUGCUCUGAUCGGACCGCCGCUGUAUGGGCUCAUCCUGAGGGCGCCAGAGGGCGGUCUGGCGUGCGCCCAGGUCGUUGCGGGCUUUUGUAUGGUUAUUGGAGGCAUUCUUCUAAUUUACGCUAGACUCUGCUUGGGUCGGACCUUCUCCCACGGGUAAAACCAUCUCAUCUCGCACCAUCAUCAAACAUGUCACCUGUCACGCUUCAAUCUAUCUUCGUUCGGAU